AUGACAUCCCAUUUUUAUGCAGGUAAACCUGAUGGAGUAUGCAUUUCUAAAGGAGGUCGCUUUCCCCCAUUCUCAUUUGAAGGAAGGCCUCCAAAGAAGGUGAGCAAAGGAACCAAAGAUCUUACUCUUUGUAGAUUGUUCCGCAAAAAGACUUGCUGCACCACUGCCCAGACACAUCCUGCUUUGCUAGCUGUUAGAAAACUGGCUUCUACAGGGGAAGCCAGCCAAGAGUGCUUGCAUUUAUGGGAAUUAUUGGAAUGCUCAAUCUGUGAUCCGCGUGUGGGUGUUCAGCCUGGACCACCCCUUGUAUGUUCAUCCUUUUGUGAUGGAGUCUUCCAUGCUUGCUCUAGUGCUUACUUCUCUAUGGAUGCGAAGACUCAGGUUCUAGCGCCCUGUGGAGUAAAUGACUUUGUCUGUGGUAGAGCUUCCGAAUGGGUCUCUAACGGCACAGAGCUCUGCCACGCUGCAGGUUUUGCUGUUAAAAUAUUUGACGAUACAAAUGUUGAUAUUGGGGGAACAUCCUGCUAUGGUAGCAAAGCCAGUCUAGAUUCCAUUGCCCAGUCAUGGAGCACUUCACGAUCUGAAUUGCCUCAAAAAGAUGAAAACUUAGGGAUAUUUGAGGACUUCCAGCGGUGGGUUCUUGAAAUGCCACUCAGCGAAAGGAUUUCAUGGGCUGUGGGAGGGAUGGUUCUCACAUCUGGUCUUCUGUUUGUAAGCAAAAGGAAGAGCCAUAACCAGCGGCAGAAGCUAGCAGCCAUCCAACGCACUGCAAGGAAACUGGAAGGCAAUAUGAACCCAAAUACUACUGUUAGUCAGGGAAAUAGGAAAGGAAGUCGAAGAUAAAUACCCCCUUGCAUGUGAAAUGAGUUUGUAAUUUACAGAUGAGUAAGAAUUAUAUAUUACAACACAAGCAAAUUAUGUUGCUCCUUCCCUUCGCCCUCCCACUGUCAUUUUGUUUGCGCAUUGGACAAGGAUCAUUAGGUUUUAUUUCUCCUCUCUCCUCUAUUAAGCAAACAUAAUGACAUAUCUCUGCCAUUAACUGCUUUUGUUUUGGUUAGCAGUUAUAUCAAAAACUAGGAUUCUGUUUGGCAUAUACGAAUAUUCUUAUCAUUUUUAUGUGUUUACCCAUAUGCUUGUUUAUGAAAACAUGUAUAGGGUCUGUGUUUGCGAAGUAAUUAAGUACUAAUAAAAUAGUUUUAAUACAUAUAAUACCAAUGAAUUUAGAAAGUGAAGAAAAUAGGUAAAAUUUUAAGUUUUUGUAUGGUAACCCAUUUUUUGGUUGGUUGAUAAAACAGGUUGCUCCUACAAUGUUCUUGCCAUCAGCUGGCUCUGUGGUCAAUUCUUUCACAGUGGAAAUGAGAGAAGACAAAGCACAUCCUGAUAUUGAGUUUUAUUUAGAGGAUAUUACUUUAAUCAGACCUUUGGAGAACUAGUUGUAGCUGGUAGCAUCUUAAACAGGAUUAGCUAACAUUUUUUUUAGGUUUGUUACAUAAUGUUUCUCGGCCCUAAUCACACGUAUAUUUCGAUCUUCUACGCGUUUCUGAUUAUCUUUUUGUUCAAUUUUAAUGACUUGAUUUGUAAUAAACCGUUGUAACUUGUACUUUUUUAUGAUUAGAUUACAGUUAUAACUAAUGGCAGGAUAAAGCAAA